AGUUACUCUUUUCCGAUGCAUUUUACAUCAUUUUCAUAGCAUUUUAUUGUCUCAAAUCGAAGCCCAUGGAAAGAAAUCUUCGAGCUCUCUCGCGAGAACCCCAAAGACCCCGCACAACCAACCACAAAUCUAUCUUGUCGUGGACUUGGACUAAUCGUGUGGUUUGAUUUGGUUGUUUGACUGUCGACCAUGGCGACUGCCGACGAAUUCAAAGCCAAAGGGAAUGCCGCCCUUCAAGCGGGCAACACAUCGGAAGCGAUUGAGCAUUACACGGCCGCCAUUCGUUUGGAUGGAAGCAACCACGUCUACUUUUCCAAUCGUUCGGCUGCCUAUCUGAAAAAGGGUGAUGCCCACAAUGCCUUGGAAGAUGCUGUUUCCUGUAUUGGAUUGAACCCCUCCUUUUCCAAAGGAUUCUCGCGAAAGGGAGCGGCUCUCCAUGCCCUCAAACGCUACAACGAUUCCAUUGCCGCCUACGAAGAAGGACUGGCCAAAUUCCCCGGUGAUGCCGCCUUGACCAAGGGUUUGGAGGAUGCCAAACGAGAAAAAGACAGUCCUCCCAUGCCAGGAGGAGGAGCUGGUGGAAUGGGAGGUUUGGCCGGUUUAUUUAGUCCAGAAAUGGUGGCUCAAAUGGCGCUGAAUCCAAAAACUCGCCCCAUGCUCAAUGAUCCAGAUUUGAUGGCCAAAAUCAAACUGGUUCAGAGCAAUCCGGCAAUGCUCCCUGCCAUGCUUCAGGAUCCAAAAAUCAUGGCUCUUUUGGGGGCAAUGAUGGGACAGGAAGGAGAAGAGGACGCAUCGGCUCCAGCGCCAGCUCCCACUCCUCCCCCAGCUCCGAAAAAGGAAGAGAAAAAGGAACCAGAGCCUGAGCCCGAAGAGGAUUUGUCAUUGUUGUCUCCGGAAGAACGGAAGAAAAAGGAGGAUCAACGAGCCGCCAAGAAAAAGAAAGAGGAAGGAAACGAAUUCUACAAAAACAAAAAAUUCGCCGAGGCCAUUGAGUGCUACGACGCAGCCAUUGCAUUAGAUCCCACUGCCAUGACAUACCUUUCCAACAAGGCUGCCGUAUACUUUCAGCAAAAGAAAUGGGAUGAAUGCAUCAAAGAGUGUAUGACUGCAGUCGAAAUUGGUAAGCAAAAUCGGGCUCCAUUUGAAGAUCGCGCCAAAGCCUACACUCGUGCCGCCAAGGCGUAUCAAAAGAAGGGCGACCUUGACGAGGCAAUCAAAAUGUGCAAUGAAGCGCAGUUGGAAUCAUUUGAUAAGGCCACUCAGCGAUUGCUCAAGACAAUGGAAUUGGAAAACAGAAAGGCAAAGGCACUAGCAUAUCAGGAUGAGGAAAAGGCAGAAGAGGCCAAACAAAAAGGAAACGAUUUCUUCCGUGCCAAACAAUGGGGUGAUGCUGUCACCCAGUACGAAGAAGCCGUCAAACGCGCUCCCAAGAAUGCCCCCAUUCGCAACAAUCUAAGUGCUGCUCUCUGCAAAGUCAUGGAUUUCAACGGUGCCAAGCGACAAGUUGAAGUAGCCCUGGAAUUGGAUCCCAAAUACGUCAAAGCAUGGGCUCGAAAGGGGGAUAUCGAAAUGGUCAUGAAGGAAUUCCAUAAAGCCAUGGAAUCCUACAAAACUGGUCUGGUGAUUGACCCCGAAAAUGCCAGCUGCAAGGAGGGUCUACGCAAAGUCAAUCAGCAGGUGGCAUAUGGACGCGCCAACAUGACAGAAGACGAAAAGAAGGAACAGGCGGCUCAUGCCAUGGCAGAUCCGGAGAUCCAAGCAAUCUUGCAGGAUCCUGUCAUGCAGCAGACGCUCCGAGACUUCUCGGAGAAUCCUUCCUCUGCGCAGUCGGCCAUGAAUGAUCCGGGAAUGCGAGCAAAGAUCAACAAGCUCAUUGCUGCUGGAAUCAUUGAGACCGGCUAAGUUCUCUUGUAGUGAGAUCGAUUUGAAGAGAUGUUCUCUUAGGAAAAGCGGAACAACUGUAGGAAACCAAACUAGGUGCCAGGUGCCAACGCUCUUAGUCUGAUAAUCUUCUUUACAUAGUCUGAGGACCUUUAAAUUUAGAGCAAGCAGUCACACGCUC